UUGGCGGGCUCGAUCGUGCAGGUUUCAUAUAUAAAAUCGGGCUCCCCGAACCGAGCGUAACUCAUUUAGUGCCCAGUGCUCGAAUCGUCCAGAACGAACCCUACGGAUUUCCGUAAAUUUCAUCUCUUCGUGUUUUGUUUGCUCGUGUGUGGGAGUGUUUUUGGAUGUGUGUGUGGUGAUUCUGUGCCUGUCAUCGCCCCCCUGCUCCCUUGGAUCCUUAACGAGUGCAGUGCUGCCAGCUUAGCCGAUCUGUUUUCCAGAAGUGUUUUGAGUGUGAAACAAAGAAGAACCAGCCAAAAUGAAAGCUUUCGCAGUCUGCUUCGCUCUCGUCCUCUCCCUCGCCCUGGCUGCGGCACAGCGCUUCGGAAGUCCGCUGCCCGCGUUCAGCCUCAGCUCGCUCACCGGGGACUUUGGUGGACCGACGGCGUUCGGCGGCCAGGACUUUACCUCCUCGAACAGCCUGGCCGGAGGACGCGAUCCCCGACAGAAUCGAGGCCCGGUGGUGUUCCCACCGCCACCAACUGACGGUCCGAUGGAGUCCAGCGGAGUGGUGGUCGGCGCUUCCGGUUACGGAUUCGUGCCCCCAAACACGCCCCCAAAGUACUUCUAAGCCUUCAACCCAGUCCAACCUGCGUGGAUCAAAGAGCUGGCAACACUUGCGUGUUUAGUGCGUGAAUAACAUCAAGGAUGCGUAACCAUUACUUUACCUGUGUAUUAUUUUGUGCUUGUAGUCCAGGAACUUGCACGUUUCUCGACUGUGUCAAACAAACUUUUAACAGCUAACACCAAUAAUGCCGAGCGAGUAUUCGAGCUGAGCUACAGGACCAUCCUUUCUAAACCAGUGUUCCCACUUUCGUCCAUUUUCUUUCCACAGAUUCCUAUAACUCAGUCUACAGAAAUCUCAGAUACUUCUAAGUCAUAAAUCUCUGUAGCAUUUUGUUGACCACUGACCUCCCCUUCGAUCCCACUUCCCUUUCCGUAAAUUAGAGUUAGAGUUUCCCGAAGCAAGACGAAAACUGCAAUAUCCCACGAAAUAGUUUUUAGUGUAUGAACCGCGCGUGAUCGAGAUGAAUUUGAUGCCAUAUCAAAUUUUAGAGCAGCUAAACGACCCCUUUCCCCCGAAUCAAUUUCAAAAGAAAAUUUAAAACGAUUACAUUUUGGCAUAAAUCUUCCAACCUUCCCGUUAGUAUACGAACCGUUUAGUUGUACAAAAGGACACCAAGAGUAUUUAAGUGCUAGGCGCUGUACAAAUCGAAACCUUGAAGCAACGAUUCGCAAAAAAGCCACACACAAAAAUAUCGCUGGAUUGUAAAGUGAGCCGACCGUGUAGCAAUUAGGUUUUAAUUAUUGUGUUUUUUUAAUUUAAUAAAUUAUUUUUUAAUUCCCGUCGUAAGGCGCGACGCCGCCGAGAAAAGAAGGAAAACACAACAACGAAA